AGUCCCAAGAGAAUCGUCCUUCAUCUAGUCCCAAGAGAAUCCUCCUUUAUCCUGAGCGUAUCAUAUUUGUGCGAUAGAUAAAAAUCCACGACGCCUUAGCGGAGGAUGCGCGUGCGUGGGUAGGAGCAAGCGGAGGAACAAAAAUGCUGGCGACGAUGGAGUCCCCGUUGGCAAUAGGAUUCCGUUAUACAGAGUGCAGCUGCCGCACCUCGGCCUUACGGAACUGCUUACCCUCUUCCGACGCUGCCGCUGUCUCUCAGCACGUCCACGCCGGAGGCCGCAGCAGUCUUCACCGGCUAGGGCACGGCAGCAGCGCGAGGUUUCUUGGAAGGGGGCUGUCGGACGGCUCUUGGAAUAAUAUUCUCCGUCGGACUGCAGUGUCCUCCCGGAACGAUUUGCUUUCAAGCAGGGCUCAUUCUGUACCGGAGAAUGCGGACGCAAGAAGUCGGUACCAUCCUUUCGAGGAAAUAGAAGAGUCAGCGCCCACGGAAAAUGGCGAGAGUCCACGCCUCUCCGAUGCUGAAAUUGCUAGAACAAUAAUAGAGGUGAACAACAAAGCGACCUUAGUGUUUACAGGGUUUAUUGACAAUGAUAUCCAAGAGAACAUCAUUUGGUCUGAUUUACCCUAUUUAACUGAUGAGCAUGGAGAUAUUUACUUUGAAGUGAGCAAUGAUGAAGGCCCUCUGCACACUUUGAUAGCUGAUGAUAAAAUAGUGCAAGUUGUGAUAGGCAUAGAUAGUGCAGAGAUGCUUACAGAGAUUGAAGUAUCAGCACCUUCAGAUUUUGAUUUUGGUCUAGAAGAUGUUUCGAGUGAGGAAAGUGACACUGAUGAUGACUAUGAAAUGCAGGAUGAGGUGACCAUUCUUGAAGAAGAAGAUGAUGAUGGUGUUUUUGAUGAAAUGCUAAAUGACUGGGCGAACCUUGAAACUGUUAAUUCUUGCCAUCCGAUGUAUUUUGCAAAGAAAAUUGCAGAGGCUGUAUCAAAUACUAAUGUUGAUUGGAUGGAUCAGCCAUCAGCUAGUAUUCUUGUUCAGGGUCACCUUAGACCUGCGUUUGUUGAAGAAAGCACAAUCAGUAAAAGAACUCCAAGCGAACUUAAUAAAGAUCAGAGUAUGCAAAGGGGAUCUGCAUUUUUCAAGCUGGAAAUUUUGAACAUUCAGAUGGUCUCUGCUUAUGGAAAUCAGACUGUAGUUAAAAUUCAAGAUUUUCGGAAAGCUAGGCCAGAUGUUCUUGCACAUUCUGUUGCAAAUAUUAUAUCCCGCUUAAGAGCUGGCGGGGACAAGAUCAUGCAUGCCCUCAAAUUGCUUUGUUGGAGGCACAAGGGUAUGCAAGUAGAGGAAGCAGCCGUCAUCGGGGUAGACAGCCUUGGCUUUGACUUGAGAGUCUGCUCUGGAACACAAGUACAAACUCUAAGAUUUGCUUUUAACCAUCAGGCUACUUCAGAAUUUGCUGCGGAAAGGCAGCUGCAUGAUCUUUUGUUUCCAAAAUUUCACCAAAAAGAGCAGCGGCAGCAAGCCCAUCAGAGGGAAGGCUGAUGGUGCUGAAAAGUGCUGUACUCGCUGAAUUAAACCACAUUCUUAGCUUGCUGCGGAAUUGCAUUAGAAAAUCAUGCCCCUUACUAUGAUACAUUGUACAGUGAAGCAACCCUAUUUAUGGCAAUCGAUAUGAAUUUUCAUGUUUUCAUUUGUCAGUUAAAUAUGCAUCCAACAUGCGAUUUGUAGCAUGGGUGAUUCAAGCUUGAAAUUGUGUAUGAAUAUACAAUUUUGUCGUUUAA